UCCUUCUUCUUCUUCUUCUUCUUUGUCCCUUGUCUCUGUACUUCAUUUUCUGAGAGAGGAACAAACAUUAAUGGCGGUCAAAGGCAAAAACUAUGGCUUCCUCAUCUGCAUAUUUGUGAUGAUCAUUGAUGUUGUUGCUGGCAUUCUUGGAAUUCAAGCUGAAAUUGCUCAGAGCAAGAUGAAGCAUGUGAAGAUGUGGAUAGUAGAGUGUAGAGAUCCGAGUUUCAAAGCUUUCGAGUUAGGAUUGGCUGCAACGAUUCUAUUGGCUGUUGCUCAUUUGAUUGCUAACUUGUUGGGAGGCUGCGUUUGUAUUUGGAACAAGCAACAAUACUUAAGAGCCUCUGCCAACAAGCAGCUUGGAAUGGCUUUCCUCAUUUUCUCAUGGGUAACAUUGGGAGUGGCAUUCUCAAUGUUGGUAACGGGGACAUUAGCAAAUACAAAGACAAGGUCAAGAGCACAAUGUGGCAUUUCAACUCAUCGUUUUCUGUCCAUUGGAGGCAUCUUAUGUUUCAUCCAUGGCCUCUUCACUGUUUCCUACUAUGUCUCUGCUGCUGCUGCUGCUAGAGAAGACCAGAGAUCAACACCACGACCAAACCCAUAAAUAUAUACUCUCUCUUAUCCUAAUCAUAGGGUAAAGUUAAUUAACUUGAUCAUGAUUUUUAAAGAAUGAUCGUUAAUAUUUUUAAACAUGUAAAAAAUUUAGGAAAUUACACUUAAGUCUUACAAAAAAUAAUUUAUUAUUAGAGAGUUUUAUAAAAUUUACAAAAUACUUUUAAAUCUCAAAUCUUGCACAUUAACAACUUGAAUAAGAACAUUUACAAUUGGGCAACAAGCACAUGCAACUUGCAAAACAAAAAAAUGACAACUUAUAAUAGAAAAUUAUAAGUGUCCAUUAAUCAAUUGUAAGGGCCCGUUAUCUAAGUUAUAAUUGUGUAGGAUUUAAAAUUUAAAAAGUAUUUUAUAAAUUUUAUUAGAGUUUUUGGUAAUAAAUUCUGUAAA